AUGCGACUUUCUCCUUUUGACACUGACCAAAAUCCCCUUGAAGGAGUACCCUCCAAAUAUCACCAAUAUGCCAAGGUGUUUGGAGAAGAAGAAUUCAAUAAGCUCCCUCCCCAUAGGCAUUACAACAUUGGGAUUGAACUUACCAAGGAAGGACCUCUCAACUCCCCCCUGUACAGUAUGACAGAUGCCAAGUCCGCCACACUCAAAGACUGGCUCUGGGACAAAUUAAAAGCCAGGAAGAUCCACCCCAGCAAAUCCUCAAUCAGCUCCCCUGUCAUGUUUGUUCCAAAGAAGGACGGCUCCUGCCGCCUGGUAGUUGAUUACCGUUGCUUGAAUAACCGGACAAAGAAAAAUGUUUAUCCGUUGCCCCGCCCAGAUGAUCUCAUGGCCCAGCUCCACGGUGCCAAGAUUUUCACUAAGCUAGACCUAAGAUGGGGUUACAACAACGUCCAGGUGAAGGAAGGUGACAAAUGGAAGACGGCUUUCUGCACUAAAUACAGUCUAUACAAGUCCCUGGUUAUGACCUUUGGCCUGACUAAUGCACCUGCGGCUUUCCAACACUUCAUGAACAAAUUGUUCAAGGAUUUAUUGGAUGUAUGCGUCAUCAUCUACCUUGAUGACAUCCUAAUCUACUCAAAGGAUGACGCAACCCACACCCAACACGUCCAUGAGGUCUUACGUUGGUUAAAGGAAAACCAAUUAUUCUGCAAAGCGUCAAAAUGCACGUUCCACGUUACAGCUGUAGAAUACCUGGGAAUUAUUGUGUUGGAUAAAGGUUUCAGCCUGGACAAGCUCAAGAUCCAGGCAGUUCAGGAAUGGCCCACGCCCACCAAGGUCAAGGAAGUGCAAUCCUUCCUUGGCUUUGCCAAUUUCCUCCGGCGCUUUGUUGCCAACUUCAGUCACAUUGCUAGACCCCUACAUAACCUGGUCAAGAAAGACACGCCCUGGAAAUGGGAUGCAAAGGAGCAGGAAGCAUUCCAAGGAUUGAAGAACGCCAUCACCAAUUCCCUGGUUCUUUGCCAUGCAGACCCUUUGAAACCUUACUUCCUUGAGACGGACGCCUCCAGAGCAGCCUUGGGAUCCAUACUCAGCCAACAACAGGAAGACAGGCGCUUACACCCACUAGGCUUCUUAUUGGAAUCAUUCAAGGGAGCCAAGCAGAACUAUGACACACAUGACAAAGAGCUGCUUGCCAUCAUACGUUCUUUUGAGUACUGGCGCAUCUUCCUGGAAGGAACAGAGCACCCCAUUACGGUAUUCACUGACCAUUGCAACCUGGAAUACUGGAAGGAAUCCCAAACAUUCAACCGCUGCCAUGCCAGAUGGCACCUACUGCUAGCCGGAUAUAACUUCCAAAUUGUCUACCGCCCGGGGAAACAAUCCGGAAAACCUGACACUCUAUCACAACGCUCUGACCACGCCAACAUUCCACCCGCCAACCAGACCAUGCUCCCUAACCCCGUAUUUGCCAACGUAGCCUUGGUAACCCCCAAGAAGGAACUCCAACGCCAAAUCAAGGCCGCCCUAGACCAGGAUGAAUCACUGGAGGAAAUAUUACAAUUCCUCCAGAACAAGUCUAAAGCACCCCCAUCCGUGAAACGCGCCUUCAAGGAUUACCAAAUGGAGGCUGGACUCCUCUUCUACCAAGGACAAAUUGUAGUCCCUGAUGUCAGAACACUAAGAAUGGACUUACUCCACAUCUUCCAUGACAGCCCCUUGGCAGGACAUCCAGGAAGACAACAAACCCUGGAGUUGGUAUCAAGGGAUUAUUACUGGCCCUGGAUCCGUGCCAACACAUACUGGCAUGUGGACUCCUGUGAAACUUGUCAACGGAUAAGGAAGCCCAAAUACGUGUCAAUACCGCCCCAACCCCUUGAGCUCCCUAGCAGACCAUGGCAACACGUAUCCUACAACAUGAUAGUGGAUCUGCCCAGGGAUGGAAAUUGCGAUUCAAUCCUGGUCAUUGUUGAUAGUUUCACCAAGUAUGGGAUUUUUGUCAAAUGCUCCAAGAAGCUCAAGGCACCCAAACUAGCGGAAUUGUUCCUGGAACACGUGUGGAAACAACAUGGGAUGCCUGAAAAAACAGUCUUGGAUAGGGGAAGGGUUUUCAAUAACAGGUUCCUGAAGGCAUUAUACAAACGCCUGGGAAUAGACCCCCACUUCUCUUCAGCAUAUCACCCUCAGAGCAACGGCCAGACGGAACAGGUAAACCCCUCAAUAGAACAUUUCCUUAGAGCAUACUCAGGGGUUAACCAGAGGGACUGGACCAAAUGGCUUCCUAUGGCAGAAUUUGUGUACAACAACAUGGUACAUAGCAGUACAGGGAAAACACCGUUCAAAGCCCUAUAUGGCUGGGAACCCACUUUGACACUGUCCAAUGUCCCAACAGACGUACCAGAAGCCAAUGACCUUGCCGUAGCAAUGGAAGAACAAUGGAGGGAAGUUGAGGCUGCUCUUUGGCAAUCCAAAACACAAAUGGUUGCCAGGGAAUCAGGAAGCCCCUUAGAGUUUGAAAUUGGAGAGGAAGCAUGGCUGGACGCCAAAAACGUCAACCUCAAGACUCUAAGUCCUAAGCUAACAGAACAACGCUUAGGGCCAUUCAAAAUCAUUGAAAAGAUCUCCAACCGUGCUUACUGGCUCAAACUCCCCCCAACAAUGCAUAUUCACAAUGUGUUCUACGUGGGAUUACUGUCAAAAGUUAAAAGGGAUAACAAACGUGCCUUUGAAAAACGUCCACCACCAGUCACCAUGGAUGGGGAGGAAGAAUACAAAGUUGAGGGAAUAACGGACGCCAAGGAACAAAACGGAAAAUGGUUCUUCCAAGUCAAAUGGAAGGGCUAUGGCUCUGAGGAAAACACGUGGGAACCUUGGGAAAAUUUGAAAAAUGCGGAAAAAAUUUUGAAGAAAUACAAGGAAGACAUGAAGAAGAAGGCCCUUGGCGCCACCAAGGCCCUUAGAGGGGGGGCAGUGUUGUAG